UUAGGCAUCGUGGAACAAACGCGCCUCUUUCCCUUCCUUCUCCACCAGUGUCCAACUUCUAUUUCUUACAAUGGCAGGCCAAUGUACUAUCUGUCUCUCAAAUAUGAACGAUCCGGUCUGUAUACCUUGUGGUCACCUCUAUUGCUCUCAGUGCCUCUUGGAUUGUAUCUCAUCUUCUAGUGAAGACGGCUACAAUGCUCUUUGCCCCACCUGCCGUGCUUCGUUCCCGAUAGUCAGCCCGGAGCUGACGUGCCUUCCUAAAUAUGUACAUCGCUAUAUCACGCCCAGCAUUCGACGCGUCUACCUCGACACCAGCGCUGUUCAAACCCUUCAACAAAAGCUUACGGCUUCACAGAACCAAGUUAAGAAUCUCAAGAAGGAGAGCGAACGACUGAUGUCGUUCUGCGAAAAAUAUCAGAAUGCCUCGAACGUACAUGCUGAUGGAGAAGCGAAGGCGAAUCUAGAAGUCGAACGCUUAACACGGUUGCUUCGUGAACAGAAGCUUGCGACACAAGAAGCAAGGGAGGAGGUAUCGGAGUGGAGAGAGAAGCACGAAGAUUUGAAGGAGCAGCUAGAGCAGAGACAGAAGAAAUCUUCUCGCAAACGCACAUCCAAUGGCCGGGAUCGUCCACAGAACAACGACGAAUCACCGGAUGUAACGCCUCCAACAACCCCGCGUCGUCGCGUUAUUCGUGAUCUUCCCAAUCGACCAAAUAAAAAGCUCAAGCCUAUACCAUCGCCUGAGAGAGACUUCAAAAACCCACCAUCUAGACUUUCCGCCUGGCUAUUCGUGUCAGAUUCAGAGUGAAAGACUCAUCUACAUACUUGUCUUGGUUGUUCGUAUCAUACAUCCCGUCUUCAGUCAGUUUUGUGUAUAAUUAAGGAAAAUUACAGUUAGGUAUGUAGGAAUGAAAGUAGACCAUUGUAACCAUUGUGUACCACUAUACAAGGGA